UUUUUUUUUCAACCGGCUGCAUCACUGGAUCAUUGCUAAAUUCUUUCUGGGGUUUUCACUUGUCAGAACAAGCAGAAGCACAACGUCAGCAGCAGCAGCAAUACAGAGGAGAGCAGGAAGAGAGAGGCAGGCAGACACGGACCGAGAGCCAAGGUGUGAUCAGCAGAGGCAAAGGAGCCGAUCUGAGGAGUUUGAAUUUCAGAGGGAAACACAAGAAAGAGAGAGAGAGCAAGAGAGAGAGAGAGAGAGAGAGAGAGAGAGAACUGAGGGGUGUGUCACAACAAUUCAGUUCCUCAAGGAAGUACAACUCAACAUUAUCUUAAGACAGGGUGGUAGCUGUGACAGGAGCGCAGCAGGAGGGCUGUUUUCUUUCUGCAUGGUGAAAAUGGAGGGAUCUCAUUAAAUCCACCGUCCUGAGCUGUCAACCUGAGACAGAGCAGAAGAGGGAGAGACAUAUCUGACACACACACACACACACACCAGGAGGGAGGGGGACUCAGCACGCACACAGGUAAGACACUUCUGCCGUGGUAAUGAGCCAGAAAAACAAUCCUCGGGGUUUAGAUGAGGGUUUGUUCCCCUUUUUUUAAUGUUCCUGGAAAAUUGAAGAGUAUUUAUAAAAGGCAGAGAGUGUAGAGAGAGGGGGGGGGUGACUGGAACAAACUGUGUGACUUCUCUUCACUUCCCCAUCUGAAGCGCAGGUUGGGGAGACAUGCAUGUACGCUCACAGUCAUGCUGGAACAAGUACGCUGACACGCACAGAUGUAGCGCUCACACUUUUUGUUUGCACACGCCGGGAGUUGCUCAACUCAAAUCUCGAAGGCAGUGGACUUUCCCUCCUCCACUGGCCUACUUUGAUUUUUGAAGCCUGUAAAGUCAGAGAGAAACAGACUGCGAGAGGGAGAAGUGUCACCCACAGGAGGGACGGACACGAGCUGUGGGCCUCUGCUGCCGACUCCCCGCCGCUCGGCCAACUGCCGCGCGUUUCGCUUCCCUUUUGAGGCGUCGUAGCGGGGUGGUUGGGUUGAGCAAUGAUAUUCAGAGAAGUUGUGUAAUGCUGAAAAAGAAACUGCAGUAAGUGCUUUUAGGGGAUUGCAAAAUACUGUCUUGUUUGCUGCAACUAAAAAUAGUUAAAAGGUUUGCAGGUUAAAAGAAGCGACUUGAAAAAACAGCUUACACCGCACUGACAGAAGAAAGUGUCACAGACCGAUGAGGGGAAACUAAAACGAGAUCUCACAUCUCGGCCCUCGGCCUCGAUGCCCUUAGUUCGAAACACGCAGCGGAAGUGACGGUUCAUCCUGGCACGCUGUUGCACAGAGCGUUGUUGCCUCAGGACAUAAAAACCUCGUAGCUUUACAUCGAGAGUUUAAUCCUCUUUGGUCCAUCAUCAGGAGAAAAUAAAAGCUUCAGUCCCACUGCCCUUGUAGCUCAGUGAUGACCCCUCAACAAUAGGCUCCUUGUUUUCAUUGCAUUGAGUGGUAUGUUCGGCUUUUCUGUGUUUUCAUCUCGUGCGUUCUCAUUGUUCGAUCUGAUCAAAGGCUGCAGGCGGCUAAAAAAGUCCUCACCCCUCUUUUCAGGCUAAACCCCGAUCCCCUCCUGCUCUGGCCUGAACCCUGGUCUGAAAUCACUCCUGAGGUACAGAGUGAGCAAACGGGGAUGAACAUGUGAAGUCCACUAAAGGACUGAACUUUGUCACCUUUUCUAUAACUAAGACCCCAAAAAGCCUCCUGCUGCUGUGCAGAGCUGUAGCGUGCUGCUGACCUCGACCACGAUGCUCGACUUCAUGUUUGUAAGCAAACACAGGUGACAGAUGUCAUCUCAUAUACUCGGCAGUUUUUUAAUGUAGAAAACAGAUAAAAUUAUAAAGACGUGAUGUGAGAUAUGUGAAUACUGACCUGCAGUAAGAGCUGAAGGCUGGUGGUGCUAGCUCUGCUAACUUUACCCAGGCUCGGGAGGCCAAUUUGGGAUUAUUUAUCAGACUUAGGGUGACCAUAUUCUGAUUCCCCUAAAAGAGGACACCAUGACGCGGGGCGGAGUCACAGAGUCACAGAGUCAUGUGUAGUUAAUUUGAGACUUUUUUGGGUUGGUUAGAGUGUUUUUUACGUGCUUCUACGAAGGCCGGACAGCCCCCCAAAAAGAGGACGUAUGGUCACCCUAAUCAGACUCUGUGACGCUGUUGGGUCAGAUAAAUUGACUGUUUCCUGAGUUUUCUCUGACCUUUAGAUGAACUGACGAAUUGAUUGGACGUAUUGAUUCUUGUUUGAACAACUCGACUUAAUCGCUCUGCACACUGAAACACUCUCAUCCACCAAUCAUUAAAACUAUCCUAUAAUAAAGUUCUACGAUCAUAACAAACUUCAGCAGAUUUAAAUUUCCCUCUCAUAUUGAAGUCAAGAUCACUUCUUUCUUACAAACUGUUAACCUGUCUGGGAAGUAACUUGUUUCAAAGUAAUCCAUUAAAGCACUCGGAUUACUUUUUGCUGCAAACACAAGCUGCUAGCUCCUCUUCAUGAAAGUGCUUGAGUGUUUACUGCAUGCACAUAUUCCACAAUAUAACUUAUAUGUGUCAAAAGUCAAAGGUUUUGGUGAGUUUCGAUUUUUUUUCAGUGACACAAAAGUAUUUAUUUUUACCUGUUUUUGUCCAGGCAGCAUGUUUUUCCCUGUUUCUGACAUCGUUAAGAUUACUCGCACGUUUUAACUUUACGAUUUUCACGCAACAAUUCAUCGGUCAGUAAUGCAUCCGCCGCCUGCACCAUUAAGAGUCUUCAUUUAUUUUAUAUAAUUUUUCGAACGUGUGUGCAACACAAGAAAGUAAACUGAAAAACAAACAAAAAAAAUCAAUAAGAAUAUUCAAAACAACGAUAACAAUAAUCAAAGCAAAAAAAAAAAACUAAUAAUAAUAAUAAUGUGAACCCAACAUGUCUGAAAAGGAGUAGAAUGAAGGAUUACACUUCUUUAAACCUAACCCUUCUCCGCUUCUCAAUUAACAGUCAGUCUCUCCAACAUAUUUACAUUUUAUUUAUAACAAAAUAGAAAAUUAAUGGAGUAAAUUUAAAAAAGUCAAAGUCUAAAGACCAUGACCCUUCCCCCUAAUUCAGAGCUGUUGGUACACAGGAGGAUAUACUCUUUAGUCCCUCUGCUAACACCGUAGUGUCCCCAGACCUGCAUUAUAUCUGUCCAUAGAGCUGCACUGCAGGGUACAUUCUGAUCAGCUGAGUCGAAGAAACCCCCGGACAGACCUCUAAGAAAUGCAUCCCCACAUUUGACCUUUUCAGACCGUCGACUUAUGCCUGUGUGCACAAACUCGCCAAAAAUCCAGCAAACCUACUUUCAAGUGAAAACAAGCGGAAGCGACUUUUACUCCAAAAAAUGCUCGUCCACGUACACAAGCCAGCACAUGUACACAAACACUGCUGGAGUCAUCCGAGGAAUGCUAAAUAUUUACCUCUCCAGCCUCCCCGGAUGGCUCCACCAAUCAGGACGCUCUUCCCAACUGUCCAUUAUUGGUGAGGAUUCCUCCGUGCCUGGCAGGUACAGUUCCUCUCUAAUGGUCCACCUCUGCUCUGGUGUUUUUUUUCAUGUUGUUCCUGCGUCUGUUUUAGGUCCUGCUCAGUAAACAGGUGCUCGUCUGUUCCAGCAGAUACUUGGUUUGGGAACAAACACUUGAACAGGUUUGAUGUAAACAACUAGACGGCCUCUUCUAUCUCAUCUGUAUUUGAAAAUCGAUGUAAACAUAGAAAGGGUCCUUGAGGUGACCGACUGAGAAACAUCCAUUAAAUAAAAGAGUUUCCCUGCUGCCUACACUCGGGUAGGUUUCUGCGCGCUCGUCCCCCUGAUAGAUGUGCAUAAAACAAACAAUUAAGAUGCAAAGAAAAGCCAAGCAGGGAGCAGUCUCCUGCUGCUGCGGAGUUACAUCUCCAGACGUGGGAUUCUGGCUGAUGACUGCACACUGUGCAUGUCCCUCAAAUCCCUGCAGUCUUUUUAGCAAAUAAAUGAGAUUGAAGCAUGAAUCCGAAAUAGCUAUCAUGCUGCUCCACUUCCAUUAUCACCGUUAAGGGAAAUUAAUCUAAUGAAUGUUCUUUAAUUCCCCACAGGGAAGCUUUUGUAACAAAGCAAGCUAUUAGAAAUGUGACACUUGCUCAAAAAUGAAUGGCCGUGCUUGUAAAAGCGGAUCGUAGUGAGAUAUCCUAUAAAAGUGACUGUUUGCUCAUUAUUGAUGCUGCAGAAAGGAUUGUGGUGCACACCAGGGACAGGAAGAGCCGCAGUGAGUGCUGCCUAUUUGCAUAGUAUGACCGUUAAUGCAAAUGGAUCACUUUUUCAUUUGUUAGCGAGCUGUGAAGUCCUCCGCUGACUGUGCAUCACAGGAGUCAACAACAGGAAUAUCAUUAAUUAUGUAACGCUGUCUCUGAGGCACAAACAGCCGUGACAGAAGAACAUUCAAUCAGCCAGCGGGUCAUUUCUGAGCUGGCAGCGUACAGACAAUAUGCUGUUUCUGAGACGAGGGAUAUUUCAUGUUUAAAAGCAGACCCCAGACCAGUGGUUAAAGAUUCGCCACCGGGUUCAGCUCACUCUGUUCUGAUACAAUCUGGGAACAGCAGGCAUGAACCUGCCUCAGCUAUGCAGCCUACCUGCUCCCUGCAAAUGCUUGUCCACACAGGCCAGAAGUGAGUUUUAUUACACAUAGUUACAAAGGAAGAUGCUUAGGAGCUGUCGAGGUCUGUUUGCUCUCUCCAGCUCUGCAAAUGAACCCCCUGUCUCCUAGAGAUGAUGUUUGGAAACCAAACUUCUGUCAGACGCAGUCGACUAUGAAAUCACUACCUGGACUUGGCUCAACAAAGUCAUUUUAGUGCGAGUUUAGCAUGAAUUUAACAUGCUGGAUGAGUGGAAAAGUAGCAGAUGUGAAGAAGGAGACGGUGUGAAGUGUUUUCCAGCAUUUGUUUGCUCUGCAGAAGACAAUAAAACACACAGAUUGCCUUCUGGUCUCUGGUUCCUGCUCCCUCAGAAUAGCUUAAUAGUAUUGUGAGGGAUGGAAAUCUCAGCGGUACAGAAGCUGAUAAGUGUACAAAAGGUCAUAUCUCAGGACUGAAACGAUGCAUCAAAUAAAUCAAGUAACUCGACUGGAAGAAAAGCUUAGAGGGUUAUAUUGUUUGCCUCGAGCCUUCAUUUAAAUCAGACUUUGUGUCGCGCUGUGUUUUGCAUACUAUGAUAAAAAUACCAGCUAUACAAUAACAGCGAGGUGUGAGCUCUGAAUCACUUAAUUGGUUUGAUUAGUCUUGCAGACUGGUACUAACCUGCUGCCCUGAGACCUGUGGGAGACUGAUGCUCUUAGGUGUUGAGUCGUUGCUCCAGUUGACCAGUAAUCCACCUCCUGCUGGUACGAGGGUCACCUUCUUACUGUCUUUCCGGGGUUGAAAGCUUGGUUUCUCCUCAUUCUUUUCUCAAGAUUCUCUGAGAUCUUUCUGUUUCCUCUGUGCCGCCGUGCAGGGGUGUGUCCAGAUGUUUUUUAGUGGGGUGGCACAACCGGAGCAGAUAUUGGGGUGGUCAGAUUAUCUGUGUACAAACAGAUUAUUUUGUCUUCACUACAUACAGAUAUUAUGUCCCUCUGUAAUAUAACUCCUUCUUUAUUAUAAUAAUAUUAUUUAAGUAAAUGUGCAUCAUCCAGUCUAACAGAUAAUAAGAAGAGCUAAGAUAAUCGAUUUUUCACAACAGGGAAUUUUGAAUCGUUACAGCAGUAAUAAUAAAACAGUCAGUUAAUGAAAUAAAAUACUGAAUUAAUGGUCAGAACAUAGACUGUAUACACUCUGGACGACUCGGUUCUGCCUUCCAUCAGUAUACAGACUUGAAGUCGAAAAGCUGUCUGUAAUUCUGCAUUUUUUCUCCACUUCCUGAAACCAACAUUGCGCAGUAGCGUUGUACGCAUUCGGUGGAAGAGUCGGCAAGACUCUCUGUGAUGACGCUCGGCUCAAACAGCGUAUCCCCGGUGAGCUACACAAUCUUUGAACGCCCAUAGGCUGUAUCAGGUGUCAAUCAUAGAAAACAUGAACCCCCUUAUAACUUUUAAAAAUGGAGCUGUACAGAAAAAAAGAGGACUUGAGCACAAACCAAUCUGACAGUAACUACAUGGCAACAUCACAACCAGGGGGGAGAAACAUUUAUAUUCUGUGUCAUUAUUCUGUCCACAGCUCCAUAGAGAUUACUGGAGGAGGUGGGAUUUAUGACCUAUACUGCAGCCCGUCACCAGAGGGUGCUGUUCUCACACCCAGAGAGGAGACAGACGCUGUCCAUUCUAUAUACAGUCUAUGGGCCAGAAUAAUUGCUGUAAUACUCAAUACUAAAAUAUUCUAUCACUGCAGCCUCAGACACACUAAUAUAACAGCAUUGGUGAUUAAAAAUAGUGUAUAAAUUCAGAAAUUCACUUUUAUUCUUUACUAGAAGUACAGAUCAGACUUAUUCAGAAGGUGAAUUUUUUUUGUCUAUUUUACAAACAACGGGUCGGCCUGUUGCAGCACAGUGUGAGUUUAGCAUCUAAAACCUGGCAGGUGGUUAAGUCGCACUAACUUUAACAGUUUUUGGAAAGAUCAACAGUUUGGUAAGGUUUUAAAGUUCUAAAAAGUUUGCAAUAUCUAAAGUUGUUAAAAAAACAUCAUUUGUUCACUUUAUUCCUACCUUUUUUUUGACAGAAAGUAUAUAUAACAGUUUAUUCGACUUGUGUCAGCAUGUAUUUAUUGGGUUAAUAGAAAAUGUGAUUUUGUAUUUGAGUUGUAUCGUAAACAUAAAGUCUCUAACAGGGUUUUUAUACCCGGGUCAUUCUGAGUCCAAAUGAGACUCAGUCAGUAAGAGGUAAUAAAGAGAAGUCUUGGAGCAGACGGUGUGUAUCUCUAUCUUACUCAUCAUUAAUGCUUUGGAUUAAAGUAAAGCUGGAGGUAAGUCCUCAAUAAAGAAGAAACCUCUUUAUGUGGAUAUCUGGGAUGAAGACAUAAAUAAGAUUUACUUUACAAGGGGAGGUAAUCCGCGUACUUAAAAAGCUGUGUAAAUCUGAUCCUCAACGUCUUUGUUAGUUUGAUGAUUUCUGAUUAAACUUUAUCUUGUUUGCACCGUUUAAGAGCGGCUUCCUUUUCCCAGAACAUCGGCUAAAUUUAGUCAUCCUCAGUGAAUAAUUCUCCCCGAAUCUGUCUGCUUUUAUGUUGGAGAGAGAGGCUGCAUUAGAAAGGGAAUUAGCUCAGGCUGUGUUGACAAUCAAGGAUAAACAGUGGAUUAUGUAGCUGUGUCAUAGUGUUCUGUAUGCAAGCUGAUAACCUCCCAGGGGCUCUUUGUGAUGGAUGCUAGGUGUGGUUCGAACCUCAGAGGAAAAAUUAAAGCCUCUGCGGGGUCUCCUCCAUGGUACUUUUCCCUUUUGUCUCUACACUUGAAUGUCAGAUAUAAAAACAAACUCUGGAGCGAACACUGCAAAUACGGUCGUGUGGAAUUGACACUCAAGAGUUUGUGAUCUUGUUAUGUGGGAUAAUGAGCCUGUUUGUGCAAAAAUAAGUGGAUAUUACAGCUUGAAUAGGAUUGCAAUGUGCUUCAAUGAUGUGUGGAAAUAAGAGUCUGGAUUUCUGGAGGUUAGAGAGUCACUGCCACGACUGGAGCGAAGAGGAAAUCCCCCAGAUGACUUGGGGAAUUUGGAUAGGAGAUGUUAACAUGUGUCGGUCCUCCCCAGCCUCCACAACAACAAACCGUUGGCCCCUGACCAUGGCACUUAACCUCAGGCUCCACCACUGAAGCUGCUACAUAUCUAGCCGCUCAGAGCUGGACUGAAGUUGUGCUAAGCGCCAAACCCAGUGUGAAAAUAUUCUUCCUCUUUAUUUUGUACUUUCAGAGCUUGAGAAGUCUUCACACGUUCAGUACUUGUAAUUUUAGUUCACCGACGCUGCCAGAAAGCAGAGGUUGAGUUGUUGAAAUGGUGUAAAACUAUAUUUGAUCAGUUUUUGAAGAGGUUUUUAUUACCCUUCUGCAACUGAUUGAAAUUCAGUUUGAGUAGGCUGACUUAUUCUUGUAAAGGUGUUGAAAUUAACCACUUAAUGAUUUAUAAAUAACAGAUGUAUUUAUAAAUGAACUAAUAGGUAUGAGUACAGGUUUAUACGGAUCAUCGGAAACCUUAAAAUUUGAGCAUUUUCCACCAUCAUUUAAAAGUUUGAUCUGGACUUGAUUUGAGGAAUAAAACUUCGAUAUUAAAAAACAACUUAUUUUUCUCUUUCUCGUUGACCAUUCAGACAACCAUGGACGCCUUCAGCUCAAAGGACAUGGCCAUGAGGGCGCAGAAGAAGAUCCUCAGCUCCAUGGCCAGCAAAGGCUCCGUCCAAAUGUUCAUAGACGACACCACCAGCGAGAUCCUGGACGAACUGUACCGUGUCUCCAAAGAGUACACGGGUAACAAAUCGGAGGCCCAGAAGGUGAUCAAAGACCUGGUCAAGAUUGCGGUGAAGAUCGGCGUGCUGUUCAAGAACAACCGUUUCAACACAGAGGAGCUGGGAGUGGCCACGGAUUUUAAGAAGAAGCUGCACAUGGGAGCCAUGACUUUAAUCAGCUUCUAUGAGGUACAAUCCAACAUGUUUGGUUUUAAAGGACAUGAGAGGGUAACAACAGUAAAGUUACCUCUGAGUAUUAAUGGUCAAGGUCUGGGUAAGGGAUUACAGCUUAAAUUUGAGAGGAAGAACCACAGCAGGUCAUCAACCCAACCCACCCCUGGAACAAGAGGUGUUGUUCGAGCGGCAAACUCUGGGCUUGAGAAAUGAAGCUGAUAUUCAAGGACUGCUAAAAAGCGCAGCUCCUUAAGUGUCCACUUGAGGCUGGCUGUGAAAGUAGCAGAAACCACAUACAAACCCAUUUUAAAAACUCAUCUGUGUAGCAUCAAUAAAACUAGUUUACUGCCUGAAUUAAAAAUGGUUUUUGGGCGGAAUGGCUUAUUUCACUUCCUGCACAAGGGUGACUGUUUGUAACUCUUUAGUCUUUCUCUUCUUCUCAGCCUCACAGUCGAUCGAUUAAAAGUUUGAUAUUUUCCAACAUGGCGUCGGCCACCGUAACGCUUCAAAACUCUGCAUCAGAUCGCGCAGUGCAUGAGUUUCGAGGGUGCAGUGCUGUCCCAAAUCACAUACUGCCGCGCGGCGCACUCACCGGAGAUUACGACACGAUUUGCGUCUGAACAUUUAUUGUUCAUAACAGAAAAAUAACAAACUAUUUACAUAUAAAAAAAAUUUAGAACAAGAAAACUAAAGAUACCCAAUUUACAUAUUAAACAUUUGGAACUCAGUAACUAAAGAUGAACUAUUUACAAAUUAAGCCUUUAAAACAAGAAAGAAACUAUUUACAAAAAACUACUUUUUAAAUACAUUUUAUAUAAUAUAUAAAAUAUUAAUAUAAUAUAAUAUAACAUAUAAAGGCAACUUAUUACUUACAUCUGUACAAAGCUCCCAGGUCGACUGUCGCCGACCCACUGGCACCAAAGCCGUCCGCAGACAUUCCUACCGAUGAGAUGAGUGCAGGCGAGGGUCCACAGUCACAUUUUGCAUACUCAGUUUUCGCACACUACCCAUACGUUUUUCCAUUUUGAGUCGAGUAUACUCAAAACUUUAAGUAUUUAGUAUGGAAGUGUGUGAUUUGGGACACCUUAUGUCAGUGUUUUAUAGCAUUAGUAAUAUCUCAGCCAGGAUUUUAGACUCUUGGCAAACAACAAAAAAUAAUCAGUAUGGAUGACUUUAAAGAAAUGUAAUCCAUGCAAAUAAAUGGACAGUUCAGUGUUUUUUUGUUUUUAACCAGGUUGUAAAUAAAUUUUUUGGGGGUAUCAAAAUAAAUAUCUAAAAAUGGGAGUUAAUUUCUUUUUCUGGACUGUAGUGAUCAGCCUCAAGUGGACCCUGAAGGUACUGCAGCUUUUGGCAUUGGCUUCCCUUAAUAAUACUUGACAAAUGAUUUUGGGUGAAGCCGGCAAACCCUUCCGAGUGUAGAGAAUAUUUACCGUAUGAAACAGAGCAGUUGUCUUUGCCGUCAGGGUGAGAAGUUAUUGUACAGUUAAAAAGUAGCUCUGCAUGAUAAGUGAUAGAGGUCUGAUAUUGUAUUUCCUCUGGUGGUACAGGUGGACUUCACCUUCGACAAGGCCGUGAUGUCGGAGCUCCUGACCGACUGCAGGGAUCUGCUCCUCAAGCUCGUCAACACCCACCUCACCCCCAAGUCCCACGGUCGCAUCAAUCACGUCUUCAACCAUUACUCCGACCCCGAGCUCCUGACCAAACUGUACGAACCCAGCAGCCCCUUCAGACCCCACCUCACCAAGAUCUGCAAAGGACUCAACAAACUGGUGGAGGAUGGGACAAUAUGAUACAGACACUGAAGCAUCAGUCAGACACUGGGAGAUCAACAGGAAGACUCACAUGAGACUCCGAACUGUCGGACAAUUUAGUCUUACUGCUGCUGAGGACCGGCAACGUGAGACCAGAUUUGAGAAGAAAACUAAUAACCCUGCUGGUCUCACUGAACAAGAGGGAUGGAAAAAAAGUCUGAUGAGUCAUUCCUCUCGUUUUGUAUGUCUAAAGGUGAUACAUACUGUUAUUGUGAUGUACAUUUCACAGCAACUGAACUUGAAUAUUGACUGUUUUAUCAUAUAUCAGCUGUUUUACCCAGAGUACCCUGAAAUGUUUCAUACAGAACUACUGAUGUUUGUGUCUUUAAAGGAGGUGGAGUUGAAACAGUGAGGCCGAUUACAUAGAGGAAAAAGACAUGAGACAAUACCACUGUAAUGCAACACUGCCAUCUUGUGGUCAGUGUGAUGUUGUAUUUACUGAGAAAUCUGGAGGACUGCAGCCAGAAUAACCCAGAACAGCGACUAACACUUUGUAGUUUAAGCUCCAAAUGUACUUAAAGUCCUUUAACAAAAACACGUUCUGACUGAAGAUACUCUCUAAAUCCUAUCAUUCAUUUUUGGUUUUGUAUUACAGGGAAAUUAAAAUUCAGAACACAAUCAGAUCGAGCCAACAUGCUGUAAAUGUUCGUUCUCAACAUCUGUCAGCAAAUAUACAAUCCAAAUUCCAACCAAGUUUUAAUACCAAAUAAAAUGUUGAUGAAAAAGG